CCGCCGCGCUGCUGGGCUCCCCCGGCGCCGGGCCCGGCGGCUGCAGAAAGAUGGUGGUGUCGGCCGAGAUGUGCUGCUUCUGCUUCGACGUGCUCUACUGUCACCUCUACGGCUACCAGCCCCCGCGGAGCCCCCGCUUCACCAACGACCCCUACCCGCUCUUCGUAACGUGGAAGAUUGGUCGAGAUAAAAGGUUGCGUGGAUGUAUAGGUACCUUUUCUGCCAUGAACCUGCAUUCAGGACUCAGGGAGUACACACUUACUAGUGCCCUUAAAGAUAGCAGAUUUCCCCCAAUGACGAGGGAUGAACUGCCACGGCUUUUCUGCUCAGUGUCUCUACUUACUAAUUUUGAAGAUGUCUGUGAUUAUUUGGAUUGGGAGGUGGGUGUACAUGGCAUUAGAAUAGAAUUCAUCAAUGAAAAAGGAUCAAAACGCACAGCCACCUACUUACCUGAGGUUGCAAAGGAGCAAGGCUGGGACCAUAUUCAGACCAUAGAUUCCUUAUUGAGGAAAGGAGGUUAUAAGGCUCCAAUCACAAACGAUUUCAGGAAAACAAUAAAACUGACCAGGUAUCGUAGUGAGAAGAUGACUGUGAGCUACACAGAAUACCUUGCCCACCGACAGCAUCACCACUUCCAAAAUGGCAUCGGGCACACCCUCCCCCCCUACAACCAUUAUUCCUGACACUGAGCCGUAUGACCAGUCUCUGGACUUUUCUGCAAACCUCUUCCCAGGAGAACCCCCUCCUUCUUGGUCUAGCUAUCUCUAUUACUGUACCAUUUUAUGAUGAUAAUUUCCGUUGCCAUGUUGACGCUUCUCCACCGCAGGUUAAGCUCGCCAUGGCAACGGGUGGAAACGCUGCAUCAUUACAAAGAACCCCUUUGCUCUCUUCUCUCUCCCCCCCUCUUUUUUUUUAAUGAGUCACUGGGCUGGCUGGGUUUUCUUUUCUUUUUGUUAUAACAACAAAAAAACAGGUUCUCUUUUUUAAUAGUAACAUUUUAAAGUUCAUUUAUCACUCAAUUGUAUCGAUUACCUUUUCUGUGAAACUGUUGAUGGAAGGAAAGAAUGCGAACGUGUCAGGGUAGAGAAGAAUGAAAUACAGUAGUCUGCUCUUAAAAUCAUAAAAUCAGUAACAAGAUAAAGAUUGCCUUGAAUAGGAUGAGUUCUUUAGCAGUUCCCAUGAUAAAAAUGGUUAGACUACGCGAACCUCUGAUUCCUGGUCUGGUUGGCCCAGGCAAAUAACAGUGAUAAACUGAAUUAAUUAUGAUGUGAAACAGAUUGUGCUUUUGGUUUGUACCAGGGGUAUCCAACCUUAGCAACUCCCGGAAUUCCCCAGCCAGCAUGGACUUCAGCUCCCAAUUAUUCUCCAGACAGCAUGGGUGGCUGGGAAUUCUGGGAGUUGAAGUCCACAAGUCUUAAAAUCACCAAGGUUGGACACCCCUGGUUUAGACAGACCCAGAUUGAGGUCCUGGUUCAAAUCCUUUCAAAUUGCCCAUUCAAAUCACUGGAACUAAAAAUUGACAGAUAAAUAGUCUGUGUCUCCCCACUCCUGGUUCUUAAAUCUGUCUUCAGGUGGAUGGUAUGAUCUGCCAAGCUCGUACCAUCAGCAAAUUGACAAACAGCACCAAUCAGAGUCCCUCCAAGAUUCUCUUUCACUUCUCCAGUGUUUCUUGUGGAGUCUAAUCAGGAGGAUUAGCUUGAAGAAACUGCUGUGUUAGGAAGUUAACAAAUUUGGAUAUUAGUGCCUUAGGAGAAACAAGUUUUGGGGAGGAAGGCAAGGCAGCAGAAGCACAAGAGGAGUUAUACCUAUUCCAAAUUCCAAACUUUCCAGGCAGGUGAAAAAUAUUCUUUGGAGAGAAGGAUACAAUUUUGGUCUCCGACCUUACAAGGCUUGCCCCUGUACAAAUUAGCCGUUCUUGAUGGCACAAUUUUUGGUGCUUUUGUUAAUGAAAUGAAAACCAAAGUAGGUGCACUGAAAUAAAGAGAGAGAGAAAGAAAAGAGAAAAAGAAAAGCCCACUGGUUUUUAGGAAAAUCCUAAUGGUUAAUAAUUUUAAAUUAAAAAUCUAAUAGCAGUUACCUUUUUUAUGAAGCUGCAAUGCAGUGCUAGAGGUAUUUUUGGAUAGUAGAUCUAGGAAAUUGUACCAAGUUUAGCAGAAUCGGAAUUGUUACCAUCUCAGGGUGGAAGUAGCAGAGGUAGCUCAUCCUAACUCCUAACUCAUCGAGUUCUCAUUUCAGGCGGUUCCUGAACUCAUACAAACUUUAAUGAAAUAGAUCUCAGAGCUCUAUUUCAGUGAUCCUUCUUGAGAAUUAGAAAAACAUCUUGGAGGAGGCAGAUACCAUUUUGACAAAAGUCCCCCCCCCCCCAAAUUUCAAUCCAUUUAGGGAUGCGACCUUCAUAGACAUAGACUACCAUAAUAAGAGACAGGAAGCCGUAUCGCAGGCCCUGAAGGUUGAAAGGUUGAAAGAGUUGACUAUGAUCCCAGUGGGGAAGUAAGGAGAAAGCCAUUUCAUCACAGUCUUUCCUUCGAUCCACAGUAUUUGAACGUCUGGAUACUAACUUUCUGUUUUGAUGCCUUAAUCUUCAAAUAAGCAAAAAUCCUGAAAAAAAUAAAAAAAGGGCAAUGGACGAGGAAAAGAACCCAUUGGAGCUUCGGUUUGAAGUUCUGGGGUGUCAUUCCCUAUCAGGAGGGUGGAAAGGGGGGUUCAUUUUUUAUGUGAAAAGUAUUGUCAGUUGCUGUCUAAUUGCAACUUUCCCUGUUUUGCCUUGAAAGGGAAACUUGAGCACAAGUUAAAGCAAAAUUUCUCUGCUGCAAGCAUUUGGAAUAUCUACCAUGGCCACCCAACACACAAACACACACACACGCACACAGAGCCAUCUUUUCUCAUUACAGUUCAUGCUUCUGGGUGAGCUCAAUGUUAAGUUUUUUUUAAAGAAAAGAAAAGUCUAUUAUAUAUAUAUUAAAUAUAUAUAUAUGUGUGUAUUUAAAGGUGCUAAUCAUCUUAAGCAGGUCACGUGACUGGUCAUGCGGACUCUAAAAUCAUAUCAGAUUUUUUUAGGAAAAAAAAUCCUCAAUAUAUGCAGAUGUUAUACAGAAUUUCUUACCAAUGUAAUAAUGAUAUACUGAUUUAAAUAAAAACAAUCCUGCAGGGUUUGAAGGAAGAGGUCAGCAAUACUUCCCACCCUGGCUUGGAGGAGGAACAAAAAAAACAAAACAAAAAGGAUCAUCUUGUCAGCAUAAUGCACAAUAUUUUUUAUUUUCUCUCGUUUUGGGUGUCUCCGUAUAGCUGUUGCUUUGGGAACUUAAUCAGAAACAACAGCUGUCAUUCAAAGGAUUGAACAAACUGGAAAGGUGCGCUUUAAAAAAAAAAAAGAAAACCAAAAAAAAACCUCCAGACUCUUUUGAACCUGUUGUAAAUCUAUAUGUUUGUUUUGAGAGUUAUUCCUGGAACCUUGCAAGGCUGGCGAGAUGCCUCAGCAAAAACCUGACGUAUGGGUGGCGAUCUGUGGGCUUCAGUGGUCUGUGGGCCUUGUUUUUUCCUGGUUGUUUCUUGGGUCAGGGAAGGGCUGGCCAUGCAACUGGACUGCUGUUCCUGACGGCAGAGCUCUGCAACCGUGGCAACUUUAUGACUCGUGUGGACUUCAACUUCCAGAAUUCCUCAACCAGCCUGGUUGAGGCUGAGGAAUUCUGGCAGCUGAAGUCCACAAGUUGUAAAGUUGCCACGGUUGCAGAGCCCUGCCUUACUAAACUGCCCCAACCGUGCUGCCCUCCUUAGGUGUUUCCCUCAGACCCCAAAUAGCUUUUGCGGUCCCUCCUUAGUCUGCAAAGCCGUGUCCAUUUCCAACCUGGGUUUUUUUGGGUCAGUGAGCCAUAGGUCGGUCUUGUUCAGGCAGCGGUUGUGUUUUCUUGCCUUAUUUCAUUCCAAAAAAUAAAUCAAAAAGGCGGUUUAGUUUUAGCUUUAAAUGUUUUCUUUCGUACACCUGUGUGGUGAAGGACAGUUUGGGAACAAAUGUCCAGCUGAAGCUAAGAGGGAGGAGAUGGUGGGACCACUGUUCCAUCCAGGAGAGAAGCGGGUGCAUUGCACCAUCUUUGUUCUGGGGUUGGACACAGACCCCGCAAGGAAAGAUGCCUCCUUCCUGUGCUGAUGCACCAUCAGCUGGGAGCACCUGGCCCACCCACCCCCAUCCCAUUUCACAUUGAUGAUCUCAACCUCUUGAUGUGUCUUCAACUUGUUCUGGAUUCUUGAAACUGUCUGGAGUAGCCGAAAUUUUUGUGUGUUGGACUGAACCAAAGACACCUCCAGCUGAGCCUCAAUGCUGCUUCUUAAAAUGUCUGCCUUCCGAUCCUUCAAAGUCUCUGCAGGAUGCAAAUGGGUUAACUUUUUUAUUUUUGUACAGUUUCUAACUGAUUUUUGCUAGUAAUGUUAAUUAAGUUUGAGGAACCGCUGAGGCUCCUCUGAUGAAAUUAAACUGGUGACUUUUAUGUUUAAAUAAAAUAAUAUAGAAACCCGACAUGUGCCUCUCAGAUUCUAAGGGUUUCUGGUUACACUUCUUAAGACCAGCAAUGAUUCUUUAUAUACAAAGAUAUGUUUUUUUCCUUGUUUUUUAUUAUUACUGUUUCAGAAAGAAAGAAAGAAACUUCCUUCUGCUCUGAAGCCAGUGGUCACACUGGUACAUAAAUGCACUGAGUUAAAAAGAAAAAAAAACUUUUGUAACAACUUAUGACUGUUUUUGUAUAUCAAAGCUGAUUCUUUCCAAAAGAUUUGGAUCUAGUUUCUAAGUUAUUUUAGUGUUUUAUAUGUUACAAGAAUUAAUUGUUCACCAGCAUAAUAACUAGUUAUCUUCAAUGGAAAAAGUGGCAUAGGUGGGCAGAUGAUCUACCUGGAGUAGCUCAAGCCCCUCCCCCUUUUCCUUUGACUAUUGAUUACAAUAUUAUCACAGAUUACCACAAACUUCCUUCCAUUAAGACUCGAUUCUUAUUUCCAUGUUUAUUUGCUAUUAGUGUGAAGAAACUGUUGAUUAAAAAAAACGGGCAUUUUAUAAGUAUGGUGGCUUAAAGAUAAAAAUGAGGAAAAAGUUAAAAAAAAACUACUUUAGAAGGUAAUUUGUGGGUCUGUGAGAUAUGGCUGUGGAAAGAUAUUGUAGUAGUUUUAACACUAUUGUUAUUACCUUUUAAAUCAUUUACCCAAUAAAAUGAGGAAAAAUC